AUGUCUUCUGCGUCAGACAUACACACAGCCAACGCCAGGACGCAGGCAGGACUACAGCGCAAACGCACUUGGCGCUCCUGCGUUCAAUGUAAACGAGCCAAGGCAAAGUGCUCUGGAGGCACUGGCUGUUUUCGUUGUACCCAAAAAGCUUUGGAGUGUUCUUACGAAAUAGAUGGUAUUCCACGGACCCUGAUUGAUCUCGACUCAGGGUUUCGCGAUGUUCCCACCUGGCUCAUGGCGGCCGAUUUGCCGGCAGGAGAAGAGUUGACCAAGCUCGUUGAAGUAUACUUUGAUCGUAUCCACACUGUACGAUGCUUAGGGUUUUUGCACGUACCAACUUUCAUGGAGCAGUUGCAAAGUUCUGAUAAAUCAUAUUUUGAAGGAUCUGGACUCCUUCAUAUUAUGUGCGCUUUGGCCGCACCAUUUGUCUACGGCGAUAUGUGUAAUGAAAACAAUCCUGAGCUGAAGUUUUACGAGGCAGGGAAAGGCUGGGCAGAUACUGCACUGCAGUGUUCAUUCCGAAAUUUUGGUAACCCCAAAAUGGAAUGCUUGGCCACCGAGGUCUUGCUUCACGAAUAUUACUUGCGUACCGGAGAAUAUACCAAAGCAUUCGUCAUCUCCGGAAAAAUUGCCAGGGGCGUGCAGGUCCUUCAAUUGAACGUGGAAUAUGACGAAGCUGAUCAUCGAAAAGCACGGCUGUCUACUUCCUUCAAGGAAAGCAGGAGAAGGCUUAUGUGGGCUUGCUAUUUGCUGGAUGCUUUUAUUGAGUGUGGUAUUGAUCAGCUUCGCCUAAUCUCGGUGGAGGAUAUCCAUAUCCAACUACCAUGUCCCGAAGACUUAUUCGUUAGAGGUACAUCUUGCGUGACGGGAAUGCUCCAGCCCCGAAAUUUGAAUCCUGAUAUGCAUGCGCAUUUUGAAAAUACUGUCGACAUGCGAGCAUUGUAUAUUCGAGCAAUCAGGCUUCGUGCAAAGAUCCUAAAGUACGUGAAAGAGUUAGAAGGUGACGUACCAUGGCAGUAUGACGGUCAGUCCCAGUUCCCCCGCCUCAAUGCGGAGCUUCAGAUUCUUGAAGAAUCAAUUCCAGAUGAAUUGAAAAUGACUGCCGCGAACAAGUAUCUGUACAAAGCAUCCGGGCGACUUAAUCUCUUCUUUGGUCUUCACAUUUUGCUCUCCCAAACGUCCAAUGAUUUAUAUCGUAUCUGCGUCUCACAGCUGGUGUACCCCGAUACCUCGACAAGAUGGAUUCGGGAACAUGCACCCAAAGAGUUCCUCAAGAAUUGUCACCGCAUUUGCUUGGAAAAAGCGGUACAUAUUGCGAGCCUUCUGAAGGACUUAUGGGUCUGUCACAAGCCCAGUCUAAUUGAUACAUCCUAUGCCAAUCACGUCCAAAUCUGCAGUAGUGUGAUGGUGACUACUCUUAUCUCGUGGAUCGAUGCUGCGCCUUUGCUUCCUCAAUUUGAAUAUGAGGAUUAUCGUCAAAUGCUGCGAGAUAAUCUGAUUAUUUUGCAGUACUUGCAAACGUACCUUAAUGUGGAUGCAUACUACCAGUCCGCUAAAGAAGCCCUGAAACGGUUUAACAAGCUUUUUACAAGGGAGGCUGCACCACAAAACCACCCUCCACCAAAAGAUCGCAUGGUCAAUGACCAAAUGGCAACACACUCGCAGUCCUCCCUUGAGUACAUUCUGAACCCUUUGGGAACCUAUCCUUUGGCUCGAAAGCAAACGCAACACCAACCCAUAUUCAACAAUCCUGGGAAUGGAGACUGCAUAGUUGGUGACCCACUCAAUAUUAUGACGGAGCACCCAAUCAGAAUUGGUGAUCAUAGCCUUGAUAUGGAUGACUCAGUCUCUAAUGGUCCUUUUGAAUGGGGGUCAGAGACUCUGAUGUUUGAUUCCGCAGGGUAUCCCACUUUCUUAGACCAACUUACGGGGUUGGGAUCUGGAAACAUGGAAUGGAAUGAGUGGUCGAAAGUGUAG